GAUCAACACCAGCUGGCGAGUGAUUGCCACGCACGUGGAGCAGCCGGAUCAGGGGGUCAUUCUGCGCUGGCGCAAGCGGACGGGGGUGCAGCAAUCCGUUUUCUUAUGCGUGAAGGCCAAAGCAGAUCCGGAUCCCUCACGGGGCUUGGAGGGUGAUGAGAUCUGCAUCGACAUGGCGAACCAAGAGCGUGUUGAUAUGAAGAGCGAGAGUAACAUCAUUGUCGAAUUCUUCUUCUCUGCGUCAGGCAGCAAGGGCUACCCUGCAAACGCCGGCUACGAACCCACCGGCAAAGAUCUGAAGUGCCAGUACAACUAUCGAUUCCAGAUCGAGGGCUACAACCACAACCAGGAGCAUGUGGCGACCUCAGACUGGUCCAACGAGGUGUACAUCAAGCCAAGGAGCACGGUCUUUGACGUACCUUUGCGCAUUCUCAAGUCGAACUUUGCCGUCCCAACCAACUCUUUGGAGUAUUUUGUGGAGCAUUUCGCGGAGUUCAACAUUCAUGGCAAGCAUCCACAGCAGUUGGUGAUAUUAAGUAAAAUCAAGGUCUGCUACCACAAGAAUUGGAAUGACUUCCGAGACUGCAAGUCAGACUUUCGCCUCACCGCCUACAUGGGCGAGAGCAGCGUGAAAUGCGAGAAAGACACGAGGUCCGGCACUGUACGGAACUUCGACACAACCGGACUAUUUCAACCCCUGGACGUCGGCAUGGAUAUUGACGACGACGAGGAAGCCCGCACCCAGGAGCUGGACGAUGCGAUAAUUGGACCCAACCAGUCGCUAGAGCUGGGUGCAGGAGAUCGAAGGCUUACCGAUGUCUUCAUUACGCUGCGAAAGUCCUCCGGGGAAGACGUCGCUGAAGGUAAGCUGGACUGGUGGGACCUCGUCGAGGCUUUCGAGCAAGAUGAGGACCAACAGAUAUUCGUGGAGCUCGUCACGGACAAGGUCGAAGGCGAGUUUGACGAGGAAUGGCUUGUUUGGGUGGAGGCCGAAGUCACCUUCCGAAACGAGCUGGAUCCCGAAUGUGAGCAGAUGCCCUUCAAAGACCGCUUCUUCCAGUCGGACCCACCCGGAGAGCCACUGGGCAGAUCUGGGGUUCGGCAGGAGCUCUGA